CAUAAAGGGAUCUGUUUUCGUCCCUUUCCAGCAGAAGCCGCGCUUUGUCGACGUGUUUACAUCGCGUGGCAGAAAUGUCUCUGAAGACCGUGGGAAGCGCUUUGACCCGCACAAUACUAGCGAGGGGAAACGGGACUCCUCCUGUUGCCAGGUCCCCUAAAGUGAACGGACUCUCCACCUCCUGCUCGUUGCUUGCAGACAGGCAGCAGGGGGAAAGUCAUGGACACCCUUCGGACAGGCCGACUGGUGACGCGCCCCCACCCAGCGAGCCACCUCACAUGCGCACAGCCGCGGACAAGAAGAGACCCCCGGAGCCGGUGGGUGCUCCGGGUGUCCCCGGUGUGAAGAAACGGUCGUUCACCUCCGACGCUGCAACCGCAAACGAGAGAACCUACUUGUGGGCUCGGUACAAUGACAUGAAGCGGCUGGUGCACGACCUGAUCCCACCAGGUGCAUGUAAGUCUCUGAACUCUGCCGCCAUCUAUGCUAACAACGAGGUAAACUUGGCUGAAGUGGACAUCUAUGGCUUUGACUAUGACUACACCCUGGCUCUGUACUCAGACGCCCUCAACAUAAUGAUCUACAACACAGCAAAACGCUUUCUGAUCGAACACUUCAAGUAUCCAGAGGACAUCCACAAAUAUGACUACAUCCAAAAUUUUGCAACUCGGGGUCUUCACUAUGACAUCCAGAAGGGCCUUCUGAUGAAGAUAGAUGCCUUCCAUUACAUUGAGCCAGGAACAGUAUAUCGGGGUUUGAGGCCAGUAUCCGACGACGAGGUUCUUCAGCUGUAUGGGGGCACCUUCCACGUGCCCCUGCAGCAGGACAGUGGUUUCUAUGGAAAGGGGCCGAAGGUGAAGCAGUUCAUGGACAUCUUCUCUAUUCCUGAGAUGACUCUCCUGGCUGUGGCAAAUGAUUUCUUCAUCACCAAUGGCAUUGACUAUGAUCCGGUUCACCUCUUCAAGGACGUCUCUGAAGCAGUCGGCAUGGUUCACCUCAAAGGCUACAUGUACAAAUGGGUCAUGCAAGAUCUCGAUAACUUCAUUCUGAGAGGAGAAGAGACGGAUGCCGUUUUGCAUCGACUGGUCACUCACGGAAAGAAACUGUUCCUCAUUACUAACAGUCCCUUCAGCUUUGUGGAUAAAGGAAUGAGGCACAUGGUGGGAAAGAACUGGAGGGACUUCUUUGAUGUUGUCAUCGUGCAGGCGGACAAACCUCAUUUCUUCACUGACUGUAUCAAACCUUUCAGACGCCUGGAUGAUAAUGGAGCCCUUCGUUGGGAGAAGAUUACCAGUCUGGAAAAAGGACAAAUUUACAAACAGGGAAACUUGUUUGACUUUCUUAGACUGACUCACUGGCGAGGAUCAAAGGUUCUUUACUUUGGAGACCAUCUUUAUAGUGACUUGGCUGACCUUAUGUUGCGACAUGGCUGGCGUACAGGAGCCAUCGUACCUGAGCUGGAGCACGAAACCAAAGUGGUGAGCACCCACAAAUACGCCCUGAGCCUCACCUGGCUGCAGGCUUUAACGGGCUUGAUGGAACGUCUGCAGACGCACCGAGGCACAGAGUCUAAAGAGGUUUUUCAGGAAUGGCAGAAGGAAAGAGAAGAACUCAGGGUGAUGACAAAGAACCUGUUCAAUCCUCAGUUUGGCAGCAUUUUCCGAACAUGUCACAACCCCACCUACUUCUCCAGGCGUCUGAGCCGUUUCUCAGACAUCUACAUGACCAAUCUUAGCUGCCUUUUGAAUUAUGACCAAUCGUACAUUUUCUACCCCCGUCGCACCCCUCUGCAACACGAAGCCCCUCUGUGGAUGGAUCAGCUUUGCACAGGCUGCAUGAAGACACCAUUCCUGGAUGACAUGUCUAUCAUAAGAUGAGAGAAUUGGAGGAUGAGAACUGUACUCUCUUGAGUGACUGAUGGGAUUUCAUAUUUUAGGACUGGCAAACACUUGAGAUAGCCUGAGGUUAUCCUUUAUACAUAAAUUUUAUGUUUUGUCUGAGAAGAUUCCGCACAAUUCUCUUCACAGGACACUUUCUGUUCAGCAGAGGGAGCACUUCCCUGUUGAGCUCACAAGAGGGUGCUGUAGAUGUACACCCCCUGUCAAAAGUUUUAGGACGCUUUCUCAUUCAUUUGAAUAAGAAUAUGUACUAAAACUUUUGACAGGGGGUGUUGCUGCUGUGCAGACAAAGUGUGUAAACAUGAAAUACAGGACUGACAAUCUGGUUUCUGCCUAAAUAAAGCUAUGGAAUACUGGGCUGCAAUCGCACAAUUUUAACAAAUAAAGGAUUAAAGUUGUAUGUAAAUAUGUUUCUUAUUUCCAUUUCUGUACUGGACACUACACAUGUAUAUGUAAUUAUGAAUUACAAUGAAGCAAGUUAAUUACAGAUGUCUGAAUUGUGACAGAUUUGAAGACUUAAGGACAUGCUGCGUGUGUACAAUAUGCUUUGCUCUGAUAAAAAUAAAAAAAUGCAUUUAUUUAAUUGGUCGUUCGGUUGCUAGGCAGCAGCAUCCAUUCAUCACCGCAGUAGUCGGCUUCACAAAUUCUUUCGCUUUCAGCCGCCUGCCUGAACACAACAGCAAAGGUACUGUGCUCCGUCUGCUUCAUCUCGGAGGUGUCUGUUCAGUAAAAUGUGUAGCUGUUCUUGUGUGUCAGAGGUUGUAGCUUUAAACCGUUAGAGGAAGCUGUGUAAGUUUUAUCGUGCUGUCCCGUCCAGGAAUCUGUGUGUAGCUGCUGUCAAUUCGUAGCAUUUUAAGGCAAUGCCCGUUCGUUUUUUGACGUAAAUGCAUGCUGUAUUUUGACGCAGAUAAUUAAUAAAGACUCGCAUAAAGAUA